AUGAACAAAGAGAAUGAAAUUACUACCUCUUCAACAAGUACUUCAGAUGCUAGUAGUAGCACAACUAGUACCGAAAUACGUUCUCUUUUUUUUAAUGUAGGAGAUCCUUUUGAAGUAACAGAAGAAGACUUUAAUAAUGACUUGUGGCCUUUAAAGCAUCAAAAUUCAAGUACACGGCAAGAAGAUAUUCCAAAUGAUAAACAAAGAAAAACAAAUAUUCGACCAACUGGUCUUUGCGAAGUGAAAAUUAAAAUAACCUGGUCUGUUUUUUCUAAUAUGGUUCAGAUUGAACGGCUCAAUAAUUCACCAGAUCAUACGCAUAUGUUAGAAGAUAGUGAUAUGCUAAAACGUUCAGAUGCUAUUCGAGCUUUGGUUACAAAUGAAGCUAUCAUGAAUUACAAACCUGUAGAAAUUACUAGCGCGAUUAAAGAAUAUGCAAAAAAUGAAUUUGGAUUAGAUGAUAUAUUAUGCCGAACAUUAUCACGUUUCUCAACAUCUGAAAGAGAGAAAGUAAAACGUACGGAAGGUAUAGUUUUCAUGCAUCUUAGGCAAUUAGAAAAACUUCAACGCCACGAUAGUGCGACUAUUGCAAAAGCAUUAAAAUUAAUUCGAGAGAAAUGUCGCUGGGUUCCACACUAUAUUCUAAUUGACCAAAGUAGCACUGAAGCUAAUAGUAUAAUGCAAGCUUUUCCUGGUAUUAAUGCUAGUGAACAAGAAUGCAAAAUUUUAUUUUAUUCUGUUCAUUUGAUGCGUACGUGGGUUUCGAAAAUUUAUGAAGAUAAGACUCGAAGUAUUAUGAUUGCGGCUAUACAUAAGAAGACGAAAAUAGGAUGUGAGCAACUUGUUCAAGAAGCUAUUAGCACUUGCCUGAUUCCUGCUGUUAGCAAGUAUAUUCAACGAAACUAUAUGAAAAAUACUCACCAAUGGGCUUUUUGGGCGCGAAAUUAUUCACCACUUCUACUCCAAGUUACGUCUACUAAUGCAUUAGAGUCUUUUCACAGUGAGUUAAAAAGGACUACAUCUCAUUUACAUGGGUUAAUCAGUGCAGCUCAUAAAGUUAUUGACCUUAAUCAAAAAAAACAAAUCGAUGCUAAAGCUGUGCCUUUUAAUUUCCGUACGAAAAAAGUAUCAGUUUAUGGUAUUGAAGAUGAAAUCAUUAAAGAAAUUUAUAAGUUUCUUUAUCCUAUGCAAUUAAUACUUGUAAAAGAAGCCUGUGCAGUAAUGGAUAGGUUAGCGAAGGGUAAAGGUGCACCAGGGCUUACUUCGCUAGAUUGCUACUGCUUGUUCCAUAAUCAAUAUCUGUUACCAUGUAAACAUAUAUUUCAUGAGCAUACCUAUGGUUCUAACCGAUUAUUAACUACCAAAGCCUGGAGAAUGUUUCAGGAAAUAUUUGAGGAAAGUGGUUUUGAAGUAUAUGAACAUUAUGAAUUAGUAAUUAUGGAAAAAUUAGGACAAAGUGAAGAGGAAAAAAAAGCAGAAAAUAGACGACUUACUGUAAAUAAGCUAACUGAAAGAUUGCAUGAUAGAUAUUGGAGUGUAGAAGAAGGAAGUGGUGCUGAGGAGGCGGAGGCUUUUGUUUCUAGGUUAGAAGGUUUUUUAAGUCCAAUUCUUGGUCUUAAUUAA